UUUGAAGGGUGGAAGGAAAUACACAAUCUCCAUGCAGACAGCACCCCAGGAGUUGAACCCGGGGCCCCAGCACUGCAAGGCAGCGAUGCUCGCCACACUUCACCUCGUCCCCUUGCUGCCUCCCCUGGGGAGUGAUCACAGUAAAUGGUUGUGAAACCGUCCAGGUCCCGGGUUCUUGUGUUGUCUUGUGUUGUGAAACAGUGUUGAAUAACUUUCUGAAGCUCCCGGGAUUCUUAAGUGUAGCACUUAGUGUAGAAACCAGGGGUGAUGUUGCAGGAACACUACGGACCUCUUCGUUGGUUCUGGCUUUGUUCUGAAGCGCAGCUGAAAGACGCAGGGCCUCUGAAGAAUGGGGCAGGCUCGUUGGCUGGUGGGCAUCUGGACAGGGAGCAGAGUGAGAGUGUGUGUGUGUGCGUGCAUGCACGUGUGGAGCCCUGGUGCCUUUGUUGUCAUGAGAGGUGGGAGCUCACUGGGUGAGAUUGCAAGGUGUUGAAGGUCAGGCCAGGCGGGACGGCAAACCUUUUAUGUCUCGUGGGAUAUGAGCUUCAGUGCAGAGUGUCCACAGCGCACUUUGGCUCAGAUCCCUGUGACUGAAACUCCUGUGGGAUUAGAAACAGUGGGAGAAGGUGGAGGUUCGAGGACUCUGCAGCUAUGAGUGUUUCCCACGAGUCCUGCCUGCUGGACCAGGUGCUGGAGCUGAUUAUGAAUGAGAGGCCUCCCAACACUAACAGCUUGUUCCUGAACGAAGACUCCGACAAGCACCCACACUCCCACCGCAGUUUCCAGAGGCUCCGCAAGGCCAUGCAGAAGCGGGCGUCCCGAGCUCAGAAGAGCAUGACCUCCAUCACCAGAGAAAGCAUCAAAAACUUUCUGUGGAGGAAUGCCUUUGUGCUGCUCACAGUGGCAGCUGUCAUGCUGGGAAUCGUGCUGGGCUUCAGCCUGCGGUCUCGUCACAUGUCGCUCAGGGAGAUUAAAUAUUUCUCUUUUCCCGGAGAGCUUCUCAUGAGGAUGUUACAAAUGCUGGUCCUGCCCCUGAUUGUGUCCAGCCUUGUGACAGGGAUCUCGUCUCUGGACAACAAAGCCUCAGGGAAGAUGGGAAUGCGAGCCAUAGUUUACUACACGGUCACCACGUUCAUUGCCGUGUUCAUUGGCAUCGUCAUGGUGAUGAUCAUCAGACCAGGCAAAGGGAACCGGGACAGUCCAUUGCCCACAGGCAACAACAUUGAGCAGGUCCAGGCAGCCGACGCAUUCCUUGACCUCAUCAGAAACAUGUUUCCUCCCAACCUCGUAGAAGCAUGUUUUAAACAGUACAAAACCCUUUAUACCAAGAGGGUAUACAAGAAGAAUAUCACUACUGCCAUGAACCUGACGGAGGUGGCGAAUGUCACCGAGUCCCCUACGCUGGCCAACCUCACCGGUUUCCUCCAGGAGACCAUCACUGUGGAGGAGACUGUUCCUGUUCCAGGCUCCUCUAACGGGGUCAACGCGCUGGGGCUGGUGGUCUUCUCCAUGUGCUUCGGCCUGGUGAUCGGGAACAUGAAGCAGAAAGGGCAAGCUCUGCGCGAGUUCUUCGACUGCCUCAAUGAAGCCAUCAUGCGCCUGGUGGCCAUCAUCAUCUGGUAUGCUCCCAUGGGGAUCAUGUUCCUCAUCGCGGGGAAGAUCUUGGAGAUGAAGGACCUGGUGCAGGUUGGGGGGCAGCUGGGGAUGUACACCAUCUCUGUCAUCGUGGGGCUGCUGAUCCACGGCCUGCUUGUGCUUCCACUGCUUUACUUCGUCGUCACGCGCAAAAACCCUUAUAUCUUCAUAGGCGGGCUGCUGCAGGCUCUCAUCACUGCCCUGGGGACCUCCUCCAGCUCUGCCACCCUGCCCAUCACGUUCCGCUGCCUCGAGGAGAACAACAAAGUGGACAAGCGAGUGACCCGGUUCGUUCUUCCUGUGGGCGCCACCAUCAACAUGGAUGGCACUGCUCUGUACGAGGCGGUGGCGGCCAUCUUUAUCGCCCAGGUCAAUCACAUGGAUCUCAAUUUCGGGCAGCUCAUCACCAUCAGUAUCAGUGCAACAGCAGCCAGCAUCGGCGCAGCAGGGAUCCCUCAAGCUGGUUUGGUAACCAUGGUGAUCGUAUUGACAUCCGUGGGGCUGCCCACUGAGGACAUUACGCUGAUCAUUGCUGUUGACUGGUUUCUGGAUCGGCUCAGGACCACCACCAACGUGCUGGGGGACUCCCUGGGCACCGGCAUCAUCGAGCACCUGUCCCGACAGGAGCUGCAGACCCACGAUGCCGAGAUCGGCAACUCCGUCAUCGAGGAGAAUGAGAAGCCCUAUCAGCUCAUCUGCCAGGAGAACGACACGCAGAAGCACCGCAACAGCGAGACCAUCAUGUGAGGGGCGGCCCUCCUCGCUCUCCACCACCACCGCAAAUCUCGAAAGAGGAGGCGCGGGCAGUUCAGAGAAACGGGAUGUCAAAACACCUUAAAAAAGAAACGGUACAUCCUCUCCUGUCUGCAUUCUCAAGCCCACUUUUAAAACAAAACCUCUACUUUGAAAACCAUGGUCUUGUUGUCUCAGUUCCAAAUUUACAGCAAAAAUUAAUUCUCUUCCUUCUUAUUUCUCUAAUCACACCAGGUAGAAUUCAGUACAAGUGAAUAUCCCUGUUAUCUCUGAGUGUCACAGCCCAGGUACAUAGUAUGAAAGAUUGAGGUAGUUGGAAACUAUCUUUUAUCAGUACUAACAGACUAAAAUUUCAGGAUGUCAUUAUUAGAGUUUCUUGUACAGUUUUUAACUUUGUAAACAAAAUUCUGUCAGAAUGUUCCUGAUAAUUGUUGUUAAAUUAAGAUAAAUUACUGUACCAGGGAUUUCCAAUCUCUCACCUGAGACUUAUGCCCUUAUUGUAGAUCUACCUCUCAUAUUUUAAAUAUUAGGUGAUUUUUUUUAAUACACCAUACAUAACAUUACAGAUUUUUUUAAUUUUGGAAGCAAUGAAAACAUCUAGAUAAACUUUAAUCCCAAAGUUAUGUUGCUAAGAAUUAAACCCUAAUUUUUAUUAUCAUCGUUAGCAUUCAUUCCACUAUUUGAAAGUACUUAAUUUUAAGAGACUGACAUAACUUACAGUAUGUGUGAUUACUUUCAUUUACAGCAGAAAAAGAGUAAUGGUGACAAGCAAUAGUGCCACCUAGGGAAAGACAGAAGUAAUUACAUCCCAGAAACCAGAAUACUUGGUAUAGACGUCAAUGGCAGCUGAACAUUACUACACCUCCGCAUACCAUUUACACUCAAGCAACGCACCACAAUCACUACUUGUCAUGACAGAUUAUUUGGGAAUAGUGUUAUCUAUUCAGUCUUGCGUUACUUUCUCACAAAGAUGAUAAAAAUAUUAACCAUCUUUCAGUCAGCUUGUAGAUAUCAAAAAGCAUUUGGUGUAAAAUGGGGAUUGUAGCUUCAUUAUAGCCAAUUGUAACUGUUUAUAACAAUUAAGAAGGCAAAGACUGUUUCCUGAACCUGAAAUAACUUGCCAGUGUUAUCACUGUAAGCCAGAUGAAUUGAUUAGUUCAAUUACAAAUCAAUUUUUAAUUUAGCAUAUUUUUUUUCCUAUGUAGAGCCUGGUUCUGUUUCUGGAACACAAAUAGGUGAUCUCAUUUGAUGGAAACAGGUGUAAUGCACAAAUUAUAUUUUCAAACAAGUAUUACAUCACAUACUACCAGACACUUGACGUGAAUGGUCUUAUCUAUGAUUGACAUUAAGAAGCUUAAUGUUGCCCCUUGUGCAUUGCCUUAGUAGUUCUGAGCUUUGAGUGCGUGUUGUGAUAAGUCACGUCCUAGCCUUAUUGAGCACAACUAUACAAGAUUUCUGUGACUGCGGUUUUGCUACAAGGAGUUGACCUUAUAUGUCAGAGUUCAAAACACAGUUCAUGUUAUUUUUCCUAUGUUCUUUAAUGGUUGAAGGUACACAGGUAACAGUUCUGAUUGAACCUGUGAUUUUGAUUUAAAUCGCAUGGAUUGACAGUCCAUGUUCUCUUGUUCAAUAAGGUAUUUGUUUCUGAAUUAUUUUUCAGUUUUGUUAGAAUGUGGUUGAUAUCUUAAUAUUUUCCAGACAACUGCGUGGGGGGUUUGUGUUUAUAGAUGGUACUUAUUUAUAUAUGAAUGUUUGAACACUAAUUGUAUAAUGUGUAUAGAGAAGAAAAAUGUAACUCAUAGACAAUAUUGUCUCACUUUUAUUACUACCUGCACGUUUUAAUACUAUAGGCAAGUUUCAAUGAGCAUCUAUCUGUGAUGCCCAGGUGGUAAAAAAUUUAAUUUAUCUCCUUAUCUCUACCAAUUGACUAGAGAUACCUCUAAUCUGACUUUGGCAUCGUUCCCUGUAGUUGUGGCAUCACUGAUAACCAGCUCUUGUUGUACUGUUUAAAUAUCUGUUUGACUAAAACCAGUGGAGACAUUUCAUAAGGUGAUGCUCAAAGUAUUGCCCCUAACAUUAUACUGAAGUUAAAAGAGUACAGUGUAUGGAAUCUAAGAAGAUGUAUUCUUUGCAGGUGUGAUUCGGUUGUAUAGUUGCAAGUGCUCAUGCAGGAUUUUCUUUCUGAUAUUUUCUGCUUUUUUGUUAGUUAUCUUCUUGCGAAAUUCUGCAUUCCACUCAAAACCAACACACAAUGGAUCUUGGAUCUUACAUGAGUUGAUAUCUGAAAGAGGGAUUAUUAGACCCCCAUUUUAAAAAUGCAAAGGAUUAUCUAGAAGCUGGAUCAAUAGAUUGACGUAGAUAUGAUAGUUAUUUGUGAGUUUAUUUCAAAUUGUAGACAUUAGUAAAGUAGAUAUUGAAAGGAAGAGCUCUGCUUUCACUUUGUGUAGGUUGGCAUAAUGAUAGUCUUGGGUCUUUGAAUGAAUUGGAAUUGAGUUUUAUGCUGUUCUGGAGAUUGGGGGGUGAUCAGUGUUUUGGUUUCUUUUCAGUGCCAAUAUUUUUGAUGUUAGUAUGAAAGAUGUUUAAAAAUAAAUAAAAGGACUGGAAGUCGUGUCAAUCACCA